AUGGAUAGCUUGAUCACCCUCACCAAUCGCAUCGCGCCUCCACGCAACUUCACCCUGUUGUUGUCGUCUCCCGCCAAAGCACCGCUUAUUCUGGUGUACCCAAAGCCCGACUUGAUCAGCGGCAUACCAGACGGGGUAUUGGCGCUCAUUGCGCCGGUUGCAGCGUACUGGACGUACGCCACCAUAUUCCAUGUCAUCGACGUGUACCAGUUGGCUGAGAAGUACCGCAUCCACCCCAGCGAGGAGGAAGAGGCUCGCAACAAAGCACCACUCAGCGCCGUGCUCCAGGACGUGGUCAUCCAGCACAUCGUGCAAACCGUCAUCGGCUACUUGGUGUACCAGCUCGACGGACCUCCCGUCACCGGCUACGAGGUGUACCAGAUGUGGCGCAUCAAGCACAACUUCCUUCCUGCGUUUGUGCCCGACAUUGCAGUGUACUACGGGUACAUGUACGGGUGGUCAUUGGUGCGUAUCUGCGUGGCGUUUGUGUUCAUCGACUCGUGGCAGUACUGGUUGCACCGCUUGAUGCACACCAACCGCUACUUGUAUCGCCGGUUCCACUCGCGCCACCACCGCUUGUAUGUGCCUUAUGCAUUCGGCGCACUCUACAACGACCCCGUCGAAGGUUUCUUGUUGGACACCGCCGGUACCGGCCUCGCCUCCAUCCUAUUGGGGUUAUCUCCCCGUGAGUGCAUUGUCUUGUACACCUUCGCCACAUUGAAGACGGUAGACGACCACUGCGGCUACCGCUUGCCCUACGACUUGUUCCAGGUCAUUUUCCCCAACAACUCCAUCUACCACGACAUCCACCACCAGAGCUGGGGAAUCAAGCACAAUUUUUCACAACCAUUUUUCACGGUUUGGGACUAUUUCUUCGGCACCCAGUACCAGUUCACCAAGGAGUACAAGGAGCAGCAGCAGCGUAUCACGCUUGCCAAGUACAAGGAGUUUUUGGCUUCCAAGACAGCCAGAAAAACCGAGACCAAGAAGGAGAUCUAA